AUAACGAGUGUGGGUCUAAUUUUAAACGCCGGGCGACAUCACCAGAUACGGCUUAGUUGAACUGAGCCGAUCCGUCAAAAAGGAAUCAGUGGAGUGUUUGUUUAGUGUCGACGCGUGUCUCCAGCGAUUGGUGGAGAACUCUGUCACUUCGUAUAAGGAUUCACAAUUACAAUGUCACAGAGACAGGUGUAGUGUUCAAGGAGGGUGCUGUUUGGAUACACCAGGGCUGGAAAGUUGUACUUACCAAGAUAAGUGUUUUCUGUCUCAGAUCCUCUUCGACAUGGCAUGACAUUAUAAGAAAGUGUUAAAUUCCGUCCUCAGGGGGGAAGUCUGUGGCUUGUCAUAUAUAGUGUAUACCUAUUGUUCUAAUUGCUGUACUGCUGUAUUAUAGUAGAACGAGAAUCGUUAUCACAUCUGUGACUAGGUGAAAACUUGUGCCAUUAGGUGAACCUCAGACCAGCUGUCUACCAGCUGUGCUAUUAUGAAGGCAUUAUAAAGUGUAUGACAAAACGAAGGUAAAUACAGAUAUUUUGGACAUCGAGGAAGACAUCAUGUUGAGUCGCCAAAGGAGAAUUGGAGAGCGGAUAUAGAAAGUACAUGUACUUAGGUCAGUUUGACAAGUGGUGUUUAUUCUCCGAUUCUGGGAAGUGAUUGCCAUAUGAAAGUGAUAUCAAUCAUUGAGACAUUUGUGAAGUCAACUUCAGACAUCAUCAACAUUGCUGCCUUGCAAUGGGGCUGUCCAGACUAGCAAUCUGCAUUACCGUGCUAGCAGCAUUAUCAGCAAGCUUGUAUGUUAGUGGGCCAAACAGGAUUCUUGAAAUGGUAGUGAACUUUCGCCCCACACUGAUGGGGGUGACCAAGGCCCUGCUGGGGAUGGCAGGGGUGACCGCUAUGGCCGCCACCCUCUGUAACAUGCCUGUAUCAUGGUUCAUGUCAUCAGAAAAAGCCACGCUGAAAUACCUGGAGAAAGCUAGGGUGCAGACAUUGGACUCUCAACGAAACAACAUCACAGCAUCAGAGUUAUGGAAAAACAAUGGUGUGGUCAUGAUGGCCAUAAGGCGGCCCGGAUGAUCCAUGUGUAGGGAGGAAGCCCUUGGGCUGUCCUCCCUGCUCGAUGACCUUAACGCCCAUGGAGUGAAGCUGUACGGGGUUGUACACCAAACUCUGGGUGUAGAGGAGUUCAAGCCAUUUUUCAAAGGGCAAAUUUUCUUAGACAAUGAGAAAACAUUUUAUGGUCCAAAAGAAAGAUGGAUGCCAUUGUUUGGUCUAUUUCGAGUGAAUGUGAUACAAAAUAUAAUCCGAGUUUAUAGAAAAAAAAUCCCUGGCAAUAUGGAUGGUGAGGGACGCUUAAUGGGAGGUGUGUUUGUCAUCGGGCCAGGUAACCAGGGUAUCCUUUACCAACACCAGGAGCAAGAGUUCGGAGAUAUUGCGGAUCUCGAGGAAGUGCUUAAGGCCAUCAGAAACAUCAAAAUACCCACCUCCAAUCUAUAAAUCCCUCCUGUUUUAAUUGAAGAAUUUUUACUUAAUCACCAUUAUGUCAUAGAAAAUAUCACCAAAGACCCAUACCUGAGUAUCACCCAAGACCCAUACCUGAGUAUCACCCAAGACCCAUACCUGAGUAUCACCCAAGACCCAUACCUGAGUAUUCAGCUUCUGGAAAUAUUUUAAUAAGUGUCACAUCUGUUAACCAAUCAAAUCAAAAGUUACCUUUGGCUUUCAGUAAGAUGUUGUGUGCUAUACUGCAUAUUAAUUAUCAUAUUAACAAUAACUUGACCAUGAGAAUCAGUUUUCUGUGACAUAGAAAUAGACAGCUUCUUUCAGUUCACAUGACAGGUACAUAACUUCUAGAUGGAGCAGAUUAUUGAUUGCAACAGAUAAA